CACACGCGCUUCCCUUCACAUGGUGUACAGAAGGGCGGCCUAAAAUCGGAAAAUACUACAGAGUCUGCAGUUGUUUGCAAAGAAACCUGGUCAUUCAAAAAAGAAAAUAAUUGACGUAUUAACUACCUGAAUUGUUUGUUUUUAUAUUGUUUCUGAGAAAUUACGAAACUUCAGCAUCAUUACCUGCGGCAACACCCGCCCCUCUGCGCGCUCCCGUGCCUGCGAUCCGGGAACGAUAGUCAAUUUUAAGUUGGCGAGUUUUCUGUGCAGACUGUCGAGCAAGGAUCCGAAGCUAGAAUGACAACAUACACUGAUAAAGGCGAAAAGCACGAGCGAGGCAGGUUUAUCUGCUUCGACCACAUCACCUUCUGGGUCGGCAAUGCGAAACAGGCUGCUUCCUUCUAUUGCAACAAGAUGGGAUUUGAACCUCUGGCCUACCAAGGACUGGAGACAGGGAACCGGGAGGUGGUGUCCCAUGUGGUCAAGCAGGACAAGAUCAUUUUUGUUUUCUCAUCUGCACUGAAUCCUGGAAAUAAAGAGAUGGGGGAGCACCUAGUGAAGCACGGCGACGGGGUCAAAGAUGUCGCCUUUAGUGUGGAGGACCUGGACUUCCUGGUUCAGAAAGCCAAAGAGCGAGGAGCCGUCAUCCUGAAGGAGCCCCAUGUGCUGGAAGAUGGACAUGGCUCUGUGAAGAUGGCUGUUCUUCAGACUUAUGGUGACACCACACACACCCUCGUGGAGAGAAAGGCUUACACAGGCCUCUUCCUGCCCGGCUUCCACCCGCCUCCCUUCCAGGAUCCACUGCUUGCUAAGCUGCUGAGUGGCAAUCUGAAUUUCAUUGACCAUGUGGUCGGGAAUCAGCCGGACAGCGAGAUGAUCUCGGCGGUGGAGUGGUACCAGAUGAAUUUGCUGUUCCACCGCUUCUGGUCGGUGGAUGACAAGCAGCUACAGACAGACUUCAGUGCCUUGCGGUCUAUAGUGGUAGCCAACCAUGAGGAAACAGUGAAGAUGCCCAUCAAUGAGCCAGCCCUGGGGAAACGCAAGUCCCAGAUACAGGAGUAUGUGGAGUACUAUGGGGGCCCGGGGGUCCAGCAUAUCGCCAUGAACACGUCAGACAUCAUCACAGCUAUCCGUAACCUGAAGGAACGUGGAAUGGAGUUCAUGAACGUUCCGGAUACUUACUACCAGCAGCUAAGAGAGAGACUGAAAGUGUCCAAAGUGAAGAUCAGCGAGGAUUUGGAUGCUCUGCAGGAACUGAAGAUCCUGGUGGAUUAUGACGAUCAUGGGUACCUGCUCCAGAUCUUCACCAAGCCUGUACAGGACCGGCCUACUGUCUUCCUGGAAGUCAUUCAACGACAUAACCAUCAGGGUUUUGGCGCCGGAAACUUCAAGUCCCUGUUUGAAGCCAUCGAAGCCGACCAGAAUGCCAGAGGAAACCUGACUGUGCUGAACGCCACUGGCCUGUCAGAGUCCAUGUGAGAGCCUGACACCAAACGCCCUUAUACCCCACACGGGGCUGACACCAAACGCCCUUAUACCCCACAUGGGGCUGACACCAAACGCCCUUAUACCCCACACGGGGCUGACACCAAACGCCCUUAUACCCCACACGGGGCUGACACCAAACACCCUUAUACCCCACACGGGGUUGAAACCAAACGCCCUUAUACCCCACACCAGGCUGACACCAAACGCCCUUAUACCCCACACAGGGAUGACACCAAGCGCCCUUAUACCCCACACGGGGCUGACACCAAACGCCCUUAUACCCCACACGGGACUGACACCAAACGCUCUUAUACCCCACACAGGGCUGACACCAAACACCCUUAUACCCCACACAGGGCUGACACCAAACGCCCUUAUACCCCACAUGGGGCUGACACCAAACACCCUUAAACCCCACACGGGGCUGACACCAAACGCCCUUAUACCCCACACGGGGCUGACACCAAACGCCCUUAUACCCCACACGGGGCUGACACCAAACGCCCUUAUACCCCACACGGGACUGACACCAAACGCCCUUAUACCCCACACGGGACUGACACCAAACGCUCUUAUACCCCACACAGGGCUGACACCAAACACCCUUAUACCCCACACAGGGCUGACACCAAACGCCCUUAUACCCCACAUGGGGCUGACACCAAACACCCUUAUACCCCACACGGGGCUGACACCAAACGCCCUUAUACCCCACACCGGGCUGACACCAAACGCCCUUAUACCCCACACAGGGAUGACACCAAGCGCCCUUAUACCCCACACGGGGCUGACACCAAACGCCCUUAUACCCCACACGGGACUGACACCAAACGCUCUUAUACCCCACACAGGGCUGACACCAAACACCCUUAUACCCCACACAGGGCUGACACCAAACGCCCUUAUACCCCACAUGGGGCUGACACCAAACACCCUUAUACCCCACACGGGGCUGACACCAAGUGCCCUUAUACCCCACACGGGGCUGACACCAAACGCCCUUAUACCCCACACGGGGCUGACACCAAGCGCCCUUAUACCCCACAUGGGGCUGACACCAAACGCCCUUAUACCCCACAUGGGGCUGACACAAAACGCCCUUAUACCCCACACGGGGCUGACACCAAACACCCUUAUACCCCACAUGGAGCUGACACCAAACGCCCUUAUACCCCACAUGGGGCUGACACCAAACGCCCUUAUACCCCACACGGGGCUGACACCAAACGCCCUUAUACCCCACAUGGGGCUGACACCAAACACCCUUAUACCCCACACAGGGAUAACACCAAACACCCUUAUACCCCACAUGGAGCUGACACCAAACGCCCUUAUACCCCACAUGGAGCUGACACCAAACGCCCUUAUACCCCACAUGGGGCUGACACCAAACGCCCUUAUACCCCACACGGGGCUGACACCAAACGCCCUUAUACCCCACAUGGAGCUGACACCAAACGCCCUUAUACCCCACAUGGGGCUGACACCAAACGCCCUUAUACCCUACACGGGGCUGACACCAAACACCCUUGUACCCCACACGGGGAUGACACUAACGGUCAUAUGUAUAUUCCAUAGUAUUUAGAUGUGAUUAGUUGGUAUUAUCAUUGUAGUGGAAGCUUUCUGUCCUCAUGAAAAAUAUUAAUCAUAAUACUGAAAUCCUAGUAAUAAAUAUGUAUUUUCAUAAAUAUAUAUUUUAAAUAUAAUCACAGGAAUAAAAAUUUUCAAUGUUGAAGUUAAUUUAGCAGUGAAUUAAGCUGUAGUCUCUUCUAUUUGACGUAAAUCAAUAAAUAAAUUGUGGCCAGUGACAUGUGGGCGCUCACACAGACACGUACAGCCAGGACACACGCCGCACUGCCUAUACUCAUGCCCAUUUAUUCAGCAGCCAGGACUCCGACACACACGCCGCACUGCCUAUACUCAUGCCAAUUCGUUCAGCAGCCAGGACUCCGACACACACGCCGCACUGCCUAUACUCAUGCCAAUUCGUUCAGCAGCCAGGACUCCGACACACACGCCGCACUGCCUAUACUCAUGCCAAUUCGUUCAGCAGCCAGUACUCCGACACGCACGCCGCACUGCCUAUACUCAUGCCAAUUCGUUCAGCAGCCAGUACUCCGACACGCACGCCGCACUGCCUAUACUCAUACCAAUUCGUUCAGCAGCCAGGACUCCGACACGCACGCCGCACUGCCUAUACUCAUGCCCAUUUAUUCAGCAGCCAGGACUCCGACACACACGCCGCACUGCCUAUACUCAUGCCAAUUCGUUCAGCAGCCAGUACUCCGACACGCACGCCGCACUGCCUAUACUCAUGCCAAUUCGUUCAGCAGCCAGGACUCCGACACGCACGCCGCACUGCCUAUACUCAUGCCAAUUCGUUCAGCAGCCAGGACUCCGACACACACGCCGCACUGCCUAUACUCAUGCCCAUUCGCUCAGCAGCCAGGACUCCGACACACACGCCGCACUGCCUCUACUCAUGCCCAUUCGCUCAGCAGCCAGGACUCCGACACACACGCCGCACUGCCUAUACUCAUGCCAAUUCGCUCAGCAGCCAGGACUCCGACACACACGCCGCACUGCCUAUACUCAUGCCCAUUCGCUCAGCAGCCAGGACUCCGACACACACGCCGCACUGCCUAUACUCAUGCCAAUUCGCUCAGCAGCCAGGACUCCGACACACACGCCGCACUGCCUAUACUCAUGCCAAUUCGUUCAGCAGCCAGGACUCCGACACGCACGCCGCACUGCCUAUACUCAUGCCAAUUCGCUCAGCAGCCAGGACUCCGACACACACGCCGCACUGCCUAUACUCAUGCCCAUUCAUUCACCUAAGGCCUGGCCAUUUCGGCCGUAAGUAGAAUGCACCCUCGCAACACAAGUGCAGUUACCUCACGUGUAACCGUAAAUGCUUCAGGAUACUCUCUGCGAGAGAUCUGCAGGGCAGUCAUGGGCUUCAACCAUUCCCAAUGCGUGGUAACAAAAGACACUGGCAGACACUGGUUAAAAAAAUGUCAGUAUGUUUAUGGAUUGCUUUAUAAAAGUUACUAUAUACACAAUGAUACAUAAUCAUGGAUUCACACAAAUUAACAAUAUGCAGAGCGAGACGAGUCAGAUACCGAGAACUAAAAAACACAAAACAAAAAGGUACAUUUCAAAACUAAAUCAUAUUAAUAACAAAAUAACCUGUCUGUAACAUUUUUUAUUGCAAACCUUUCCAACAUCGACACCCCCCCUUUCAGACAACUUGGCGUUUCUAAAUGGCAGCACAUUUAGAAAUGUGAUUUUUUUUUUAAGGGUGCCGAUGUGCCGCAGAUGUAGACAGAUUGCAACAAGACUCAUUUAAAACACUUCAGCUGGUAUUUGAUUCUUUUGGAAGGAAUCAUUUGUGCGUUUCUGUGUCUGUGUAAACGUGCGCAUGUGUGUAAGUGUACAUAUAAACAAUAAAUACAGUUUAGCUUUGCAUGAACACA